ACUAUGGUAUAUCUAUAGACUAUAGAUACUGAGUUGUCCGCCGGUUCGUUAUUUAUAAAUCCGAUAUUUUUGGAAACAAACUGUGCGUGUGUGCUUGUGUGUGUGUGUGUGUGUGUGAAAAUGAUGCUUGCAAAAUUGUGAAACACGCGUGGAAAUAAGAAAUUAAUCAGAAUUUUUAUAACAAAUUAAAAGAAAACAAAAACAAAUAAAUCGUAGAAUCAAACUUUGCUCUUGCAAUGAAAACUUUAAUUAGAAAAUAUGAUGCGUUACUGGCGUCACUGCUGCUGCUGCUGACGCUUGGUUCCGGCACCGUCAAUGCUCAAUAUGAGCACUAUUUGGACACACUGCGUUCCGAUGAGCUCUACGAAUAUGUCGAGGGCAGCGGCAGCAUCCAAUACUUGGCCAAGGGCAACAGCGAACAGGCGCUUCUGCAAUUGGAGAAGCCCAUCAGUUUCUAUGGCGAGAAAUAUGAAAACAUCUAUAUCAACACGAAUGGCAUUUUGACAUUUGAUGUGGAGUUCGCCGACUACUUGAAUCAGCCCUUUCCCCUCGAGUAUCCCUCGAUAGCGGCCUUCUACUCCAACGUGGACACCAGCAACAGCGACGAUCAGAGCAGCAUUUCCCUCUUCCAUACCCAAGAUCCGGAAACUCUGGACCGGGCAGAGCAGCUGGUGCGUUAUGCAUACAGCGAUUGGCCUGAGUUUCAGGCGUUGCAACUGAUCGUUGCCACGUGGCGCAAUGUGGGCUACUUUAACUCGAAGACGGACAGACUAAACACUUUCCAGGUGGCUUUGAUUGUUGGCGAAUCCCAAACAUUUGUGCAGUUCAUCUAUCCCCAAGGUGGCCUCAACUGGCUGCAGGGCGAGGCCGGUGAACUGGGACUGCCCGAUAUACGCGCCCAGGCGGGCUUCGUUGCCGAGGAUGGACGCUAUUACAAUCUUAAUGGAUCCGGCUCGGAGAAUGUUCGAUUCCUCAGCGAGAGCACCAACUUGGGUGUACCCGGCGUCUGGCUCUACCAGGUGGCACCGCUGCAACCCGCCGAGAAUGUGCUGGCACCCAACAACCGAGAGACACACACCGAAUCGCCAGCACUUGCUCAGAGCUGCAAUGGGAAUGGACACCAGUGCGAUAGCCACGCCCAGUGCUUCGACAAAUCCGAGGGCUACUGUUGCGUCUGUGAGCCGGGCUUCUAUGGCAACGGUCGCUCCUGCCUGGCAAAUGAUCUGCCCAUACGUGUCACGGGCACACUGACCGGCCAGCUAAACGGCCAGCCUGUGGACGAGGAGGUCAAGUUGCAGUCGUAUGUGGUGACCACGGAUGCACGCAGCUACACAACCAUCAAUCCGGUGAGCUGGGAGCAGGCAGCUCAGCUGCGACUGGUGCUCCCGCUGCUGACCACCGUUGGAUGGCUGUUCGCCAAGCCGAUCAAUGGAACAGCUAAUGGCUAUCAGCUGACUGGUGGCAAUUACGAGCACAUCUCGCGCAUAGAAUACGAGACGGGGGAGCGACUGCUGGUCAAUCAGACCUUCGAGGGCCUCAACUACUGGGAUCAGCUGAGCGUCAAGAUUGAAAUAUCCGGCUCGGUGCCCCGCGUUUCGGCUGUUGCCAAGCUGCAUCUGCCGGAUUACACGGAUGAGUAUCGCUUUGUGCGUCCCGGAGAGCUGCAGUCACAGCAAUCUCACCGACUGGAGCUGGUCGAGGAGCAGAGCGUGAUUGGCUUUAAGGUGGAUCAGCGCAUCAUCUACCAGAGCUGCCUGCGCGACGACGAUGCCGAUCCCACCGAUAGCCGAGUGCUCCAGAAGGUCACCAAAAUAGUCCUCGAUUAUGCUCAGCGCGACAAUGCGCUGAGGACAAGCAUCGUGAGCAAGAUUGGCGUCAAUGCCGAGUCGAAUGUCUGCACAGAUGGCAGUGUCCAGUGUGGCGAGAAUGCGGUUUGUAUCCUCUACGAGGACACCUAUCGCUGCGACUGCCAACACGGCUAUGCCGCCCAGCUGGACGAGAACGGCGCCGAGCUCUGCAUCGAUGUGGAUGAGUGCGCCGAGGGCAGCCAUGUCUGUGAUGAUAAUGCCGUGUGCUCCAAUAACGAGGGUGGCUUCAGCUGCAUCUGCCUCGAGGGCUAUGGCGGCAAUGGCUAUCGCUGUCUGCGCGACGAUUCUGCUGAUAAUAUUCAAUACUCCACACCGGCUGAGCCAACGGACGACAACUCCUAUCACAACGAAGGUGAGGAGCAGACGGAGCCGACAGAACCAUGGCGACACAGUGAAGAGAUGCCCGGCGAGAAUUAUGACAAUCCUCAAUCCUCAGGCAAUGGACAACAAUCUGAUGAGUGCUACCUUUGCUCACCGGAUGCAGACUGCUAUGAGGGACGUUGCAGGUGCCGCGAGGGUUUCAAUGGCGAUGGCAUCAACUGUACGCGGAUCUGUGGUCGCGAUCUGGUGUGGGAGCAAGGACGCUGUCUGCCCAUCCUGUUCGGCGAACAGGAAGUGGAGUCCAGCUGCAAUAUCCUUGGAGACUGCACCUGUCCCUGGGGCUACGAGCUGAGCGAGGACAAUCGCAUCUGUCGGAAUCACGGCGGCGGCUACGAUGGGGAAAGGAGUGAAGAGCUGAUACCCUGCGAUGUGGAUGCCAACUGUCAUAUCAAUGCCAUCUGUGCCUGGAACGAGCACGAGCUGCGACACACUUGCAUCUGCAAUCAGGACUACAGCGGCGAUGGCUACACCUGUAAUCCCAUUGGGGAGGCCUCCUGUGCCAUUAGACCAGGCAUCUGUGAUCCCCAUGCCACCUGCAGCUACAACGAGCAGCUGGGCAGCUCGGAGUGCGUCUGCGAGAGGGGCUACACAGGAAAUGGCCAUCACUGCCAGCUGGCACCCGAAUGCGAGCAGGACAAGCAUUGUGGGGAGAGUGCCUAUUGCGAUGGAGGCGUCUGUCUGUGCAACGAGGGCUACCAGCGGGAUGUCAGCGACAUUUGUGUUCCAGCUGGUCAAUGUGGCUCCGUUUUCUGUGGAUCGAAUGCCCUCUGCAAGCUGGAUGUGGGUCUGGGAGUACAGUACUGCGAUUGCAUCGAUGGUUAUCAGGGUGAUGCUCAAACCGGUUGCACCAGCAUUCCCAUACCCUGUAAUUUGCGCAACAAUUGCGGCAUACACGCCACCUGUGAGCCCACAGAAGAUCCUGCGAAUUAUAUGUGCCAAUGCAUUGCUGGUUAUCGUGGCGAUGGUUAUGUGUGCGUCGAGGAUCAGAACUGCCUUAAUAAUCCAACAAUGUGCGACAUGAAUGCCAAAUGCCACUCGACAAACUUGGGUCUAGUCUGCUCCUGCAAUCCAGGUUUCUAUGGCAAUGGCUCCGUUUGCCACGAGCGUCAGCAACACGAUUCGGACUUCCUGCUUGUUAGCUACGGAGUAGGAAUAGCACGUGUUCCUCUGAAUGGACGCGAUAUAAAUCCGAUAAUGGUGGCUUCGAUGGCGAUUGGCUUGGACAAGGACUGUGUGGAGGGCCGCGUCUACUGGGGCGAUAUUUCCCUCAAGAUGAUCAUUAGCGCCAAGUACGAUGGCUCUGAUAAGCGCGACUUUAUCACCACAGACAUUGAGUCACCCGAGGGUAUUGCGAUUGAUGUCAUAUCGCGUCGCCUCUACUGGACGGACUCGGUGAAGGACACCAUUGAGGUGGCCAGCUUGGAUGAUCCCACACUGCGCGCCGUCCUUAUCAACAAGCACCUGGUCAAUCCACGCGGCAUUGCUGUGGAUCCCCACAGACAAAAACUGUACUGGUCCGACUGGGAUCGCUCGUCUCCGAAGAUUGAGUAUUCCGAUUUGGAUGGCACUGAUCGCCAGUUGUUGCUGGGCUCAGAUGCUGUUAAGCUGCCCAAUUCGCUGGUGGUGCUGGAGAGCACUGGUGAGCUGUGCUUUGCGGAUGCUGGCGCCAAGAAGGUGGAGUGCAUUGAUGCACAGAGUCUCCAGAUGCGCACCGUAUUCCACGAGCCAUCCUAUCCAUUCGGCCUGACAUUUAUACACAAUCAGUUCUACUGGACCGACUGGACAACCAAGAAGGUUGAGAGCGUGGACAGCGCCGGAGUACGCCAGAAGCCCAUCCAGACAAUGUUCUAUGGCAGCCACAAGAUGUACGCGAUGACAGCCGUGGAGCAGAACUGCCCCCAGGCCCCGAGUCAGUGCCAGAGCAACAAUGGUGGCUGCACCGAUUCCCGUAUCUGUUUGGUCAAUCGCAAGGCGCCCUCCGGCAAGAGCUGCAAGUGCACCAGCGCCUCCACCACCUGCGCGGUGGCAUCGCCCUACACCUUUGCCACACCACGGAAGUAGAUUCCUUGUCUGAGGGAGUACAUUUAAAUUAAUUGCAAUGAAAUAAUAAUGAAGUGAAAUUAUUUUUGUAUACGCAUAACAGAUAUAACUAAGAACACAGAGAAACCAAGAAAACCAAACCAAAAAUUAAUUCAUAAACAUAAACAUAAACUAAUGUGUGUGCCAUCUUUUGUAAAGCUACUCAAUCUAAUAAAUACAUACAUACUAUAAAUACAUACA